AUGACCUUGCCUGCGCUCGUGCCGGGCGGAAGUUUGCUGCUUGCGUGGCAGCUGCGCAACAAGCACGUCCUGCUUGUCGGCGGCGGCGAGGUUGCGGCGAGCAGGCUUGUGCAUGCGAAGAAUGCCGAUGCACACCUGACGGUCAUGGCGCCGCGCGGGGGCCUAUGUGCGGAAAUGCAGCACCGCCUUGCGACGCACGCUAUCGAUACCUACCUGGAUGCGUCCUUUACACAGCCAUCAGAGCUUGUGUGCAAAGAGACAGGCGCGUACUACGAUAUGGUGCUUGUCGCGAUUGAUGAUCCUGGAUUGUCGCGCCAGCUGUGUGCUUGGUGCCGCGAACUUCGGAUCCCCGUCAAUGUCGCUGACGUGCCGCCCGAGUGCGACUUCUAUUUUGGGUCCGUGCUGCGGCGGGGGCCGCUGCAGGUGCUUGUAUCGACAGGCGGCAAAGGGCCGCGUAUCGCGCGGCUUGUGCGCCAGCGACUGGAAGACGCACUGCCUCCGAGCGUCGCCGAUGCCAUUGACAAUGUCGGGGUCCUGCGCGCAAAGCUGCGCGAAAUGGCGCCGCUGCCCGCCCAGAGUCACGCACGGAUGACAUGGAUGUCGGACGUGUGUGAUACAUACACGCUCGAGCAGCUUGCCGCGCUGGACGACGCGCAAAUGGCGCGACUUUUGCACGGAUUUGCAUCGCGCACUGUGCCGCUGCACACGUCGAAUGGGACGCUGGGGACGGUGCAUGCGUACGCGGCAUUUGUGGUGGGCGCCGCUGCUAUGGCCGCUGCUAUUGUGUGUAUGUCGCUCGUGGGCAAGGAAGACAAAGGAUGGAUAGCAUUGUAG